GGUAGUGGAUUCAGAUUCUUUUUCCUUGUGCAGUAGGGAGGUGGCUUCUCUUCUCCUCUCAGAUUGUAUCUUAAUUUGUAAGACGUGAGUGUGGCUCUGCAGAGAGCAAGAAAGGGACCAAAGUGUUGUUAAGUCCUCUUCGUUCUUCAGCUCCCCUCCCGGGGUGGGGGCGGAGGGUUAGACGGUCCCAGGUCAAGAAGCGCGGGGGCGGAAGCGGCGGCGGCUGCUGCGACGGCGGCUGCUGUCAGACCUGGAGCGGGGCCGGACGGAGCGGCAAUGGAGGGUCAGCGCUGGCUGCCGCUGGAGGCCAAUCCCGAGGUCACCAACCAGGUGAGUGAGGUGUCUGUCGCUCGGGACCCCGGAGCCCUCCCUGCCCGCCUCGCCUGCAUCUCUACGCUGACUAGGAACCUGGAAUUAGAUUCAUUUCUCAAACAAUUAGGUCUACAUCCUAACUGGCAGUUUGUUGACGUAUAUGGAAUGGACCCUGAACUCCUUAGCAUGGUACCAAGACCAGUGUGUGCAGUGUUACUUCUCUUCCCUAUUACAGAAAAGUAUGAAGUAUUCAGAACAGAGGAGGAGGAAAAAAUAAAAUCUCAGGGACAAGAUGUUACAUCAUCAGUAUAUUUCAUGAAACAAACAAUCAGCAAUGCCUGUGGAACAAUUGGACUGAUCCAUGCUAUUGCCAACAAUAAAGACAAGAUGCACUUUGAAUCUGGAUCAACCUUGAAAAAAUUCCUCGAGGAGUCUGUGUCAAUGAGCCCUGAAGAACGAGCCAGAUACCUAGAGAACUAUGACGCUAUUCGCGUCACUCAUGAGACCAGUGCCCAUGAAGGUCAGACUGAGUCCUCCUCGCCAUCCUCAUCACAGCCUCAUUCUAGCCACUGCAGAGCGAAGGCCUCAUCACUGUGUCACCAUGCAUCCCUGCCCUGGGUCAAACGUAACCAUGUAGGCCCUGCAAAGGCUACCAGUCCAUCUCUCCGUCUUCGUCGCUGGCGACCCUUCUUACGCCUACCAUCUAUGGGUCUCCAUUCUGUUGCACCAAGUAUAGAUGAAAAAGUAGAUCUUCAUUUUAUUGCAUUAGUUCAUGUAGAUGGGCAUCUCUAUGAAUUAGAUGGGCGGAAACCAUUUCCAAUUAACCACGGGGAAACUAGUGAUGAAACUUUAUUAGAGGAUGCCAUAGAAGUUUGCAAGAAGUUUAUGGAACGUGACCCUGAUGAACUGAGAUUCAAUGCAAUUGCCCUAUCUGCAGCAUAGCUUGUCAGUGAUGGAAACACCAAAUACUGUAUUAUUUGCAACAAAAAUUAAAUUUCUGCUGCCAACACUAACUCAAAAAUUUUGAUAUUUUCAUUAACUUGACUGAUUAAACUUUAUGUGAAUUAAACUUUGA